AAAGUUUUGGACGUUUAAAUCCUCAAAACCUUCCCACCAACCGUCACUCUCACCAGUCGCCACCGUUACUCACCAUCUCCUCCGUUUUACAGAUCUUGGAUUCUUCGAAACAAUCCCAAUUCAAUUCAACUAAAUGACAAAACCCAUAUCAACAAUCUAAAUGCAAAUUUUUUACUUCUUCUCCAUCAUUUUCCUUUCAGUUUGGACCAACAAUUUCAUUCAACACUCUAAUGCCUGCGUCUUCACGUUGAAGAUGCACCACCGCUUCUCCGAGCCGGUGAAGAGGUGGUCGGAAGGUAUUAACAAGCUUACGCCCGGCGAUUUCCCGGAAAAAGGCAGCGUCGAGUACUAUUCUCAGUUGGCCAACCAUGACAAGAUAUUCCGAGGCCGGAGACUCUCGGAUUCAGACGAAGAACGCCUCACUUUCUCCGAUGGAAAUUCCAGUUUUCGUAUCAGCUCUUUAGGAUUUUUGCAUUACACAACUGUUUCAUUGGGAACCCCUGGCCAGAAGUUCAUGGUGGCUCUUGAUACUGGGAGUGAUCUAUUCUGGGUGCCAUGUGAUUGUACCAGAUGUGCCUCCAUUGAUAACACAGCUUAUAGCUCUGAUUUUAAGCUGAGCAUAUAUAGUCCAACAAGAUCAUCAACAAGCAAAAAGCUUACAUGCAACCACAGUAUGUGCACUCAUCGCCAUGAUUGUGAAGAAAGUGAAGCUUUUAAUACUUGCCCCUAUUCAGUUUCUUACGUUUCAUCUCAAACUUCAACUUCCGGGAUCUUAAUGGAGGAUCUUCUCCACUUAGAAACAGAAGAUAGUGAAGGCGAAAUCAUCGAUGCCUUUGUCACUUUUGGAUGCGGGCAGGUGCAAAGUGGUUCGUUUUUAGAUAUAGCUGCCCCAAAUGGUCUUUUUGGACUUGGUUUGGAGAAAAUAUCGGUUCCAAGCAUUUUAUCAAGAGAAGGUUACACUUCGGACUCGUUUUCUAUGUGUUUUGGACACGAUGGAACCGGUAGGAUUACUUUCGGUGAUAAAGGCAACCCCGAGCAAGACGUGACUCCGUUUAAUUUAGAUUCAUCGCAUCCGACGUAUAAUAUUACCGUAACGGAAGUUCGUGUCGGUUCCUCGCUUAUUGAUUCGUCUUUCUCGGCUCUUUUUGAUUCGGGCACCUCCUUCACCUAUCUCAUUGACCCACACUAUACAAGAUUAACACAAAGGUUUCAUGUACAAACGAAAGAUUCACGACACCCAACCGAUCAAAGGAUUCCUUUCGAAUAUUGUUACGAUAUGAGUCCUUAUGCAAAUACUAGUUUGAUCCCGAGUAUAAGCUUAACAAUGAAAGGGGAAGGUCAAUUUUUUAUAUACGAUCCCGUGAUUGUUAUCUCAACAAAUAGGGAAGUUGUAUAUUGCUUGGCUGUUAUCAAGAGUACGGAAUUGAACAUCAUUGGUCAGAACUUCAUGACUGGAUACAGAAUCGUAUUUGAUAGAGAAGAACUUAUUCUUGGGUGGAGAAAGUCCGAUUGUUACGAUAUUGAAAAUUCAACUGAUUCAAGUUCAAAACCAUUGAACCCUAACGAUGUUCCGCCGGCGGUGGCGGCAGGGCUGGAAGGUAACCGUGAGGGGAGCGUAAGCACAGGUCGGAGCUCCGGUGGUUACUAUUCGUUUACUUUUUGUAUUGAAAAAGGCCGAUAG